CGUCGCCGCGCGGCGUGCGGAAUCUGCGGCGGCCGUUGGCCGUUGGCGCGGCUUGGGCGGUUGUCUUGGAGAAGCAAGAUGGCGGCGACGGCGGCCGCGGUGGUGCCGGAGGAGGACACGGAGCUGCGAGACCUGCUGGUGCAGACUCUGGAGAACAGCGGGGUCCUGAACCGCAUCAAGGCUGAACUCCGAGCAGCUGUGUUUUUAGCCCUAGAAGAGCAAGAAAAAGUAGAGAACAAAACUCCUCUAGUCAAUGAGAGCCUGAGAAAGUUUUUAAAUACGAAAGAUGGCCGGCUGGUGGCUAGUCUUGUUGCAGAGUUUCUCCAGUUUUUCAAUCUUGACUUCACCUUGGCCGUUUUUCAGCCUGAAACCAGCACAUUUCAAGGUCUUGAAGGUCGAGAGAAUUUAGCCCGAGAUCUAGGUAUUAUUGAAGCAGAAGGUACUGUGGGUGGACCUUUAUUAUUAGAAGUGAUCAGACGUUGUCAACAGAAAGAAAAAGGGCCAACCAAUGGGGAGGGUGCACUAGAUCUGUCUGAUGUACAUUCUCCACCAAAGUCCCCAGAAGGCAAAACAAGUGCUCACAGCAGUCCCAGUAAGAUACCGAGGUAUAAAGGACAAGGUAAGAAGAAGACAAGCGGGCGGAAGCCUGGCGCCAAGAAGGCCAGUAAUGAUGCUAGUCAGAGUGAUACGAGUGUCUCCUCGUCAGAACCAAAGAGCAAAAGCGGUCUCCACUUGCUGGCCCACGAAACAAAAAUUGGAUCUUUCUUAAGUAACAAAAGUCUAGAUGUCAAAGACAAAGCUGGUCUUUGUCCAGGUGAAGAUGAUAUGGAAGGGGAUUCUUUCUUUGAUGAUCCCAUUCCUAAACCAGAAAAAACUUAUGGUUGGAGAAGUGAACCUAGUAAGCAAGCAGGAAGCCUUGCAUCACUCUCUGACGCGCCCCCCUUGAAAAGUGGACUCAGCUCCCUUACCGGAGCCCCCUCAUUGAAAGGCUCUGAAAGUAAAAGAGGAAACACAGUUUUGAAAGAUCUGAAACUGGUCAAUGAUAAAAUUGGAUCACUUGGAUUAGGGACUGGAGAAGAAGAUGACUACAUUGAUGAUUUUAAUAGUACCAGCCAUCGCUCAGAGAAAAGUGAGCUGAGUAUUGGUGAAGAGAUCGAAGAAGAUCUUUCUGUGGACAUUGAUGACCUCAAUACCAGUGAUAAACUUGAUGACCUGACACAGGACCUGACUGUGUCCCAGCUCAGUGAUGUUGCGGAUUAUCUGGAAGAUGUUGCAUAGACGUGAAAGAAGGAAGUAUUCUAAUCAACAAAGGACAAAGGACUCUGAUCAGUUCCAUUUUUUUUUUUCCCCCAAUCACUCUUUGCUGGAAUGUCUGCUCCCUGUUGGUGCCUUGUGUUUCAAAAAGACUGCAGAUAUUUUUAAAAAUUUAAGUUUUCAUUAUACUAAACAAAAGCUUCCUACUUGAGCCCAUGUGUGGAAGAUACCGUAUUCUUAAUUUGGUUUGGCUACACAUUUCUUUGUGGAAGUUGAUUAUCUACAACUCAAAUUCAUUACAAGGAGUGAACCCAUGAAAAUACGCGUAUUAAGAGCUUACUGAAAGGUGUCAAUAAAGCUGUAGGUUCACACAACUCUGUGUGUGUGUGUGGCUUUAGCCAUCCAGAAUCCAAGUGUAUUUGACAUUAGGCGGUUGUGCAGAGAGUUGGCA